UAAAGCCCACUAAUGUGCCCAUUCUGCCUUGUUCUCGCCGUCCCUUUCAUCGUAACCCUAGCGCGCGUGCUUGUCGAACGCCGUCCGUUUCGGUGGCGUCGCCUCUCUUCGCCGUCUCAGCGACGAUGCUUCGGCUUCUUCUACUCCGUCGCCCUAAUCCUUUAUGCUCCUCUUCAGUAGCUCUGGCCGAUUCACCGCCUGUACAAUUCCAGCGCGCCUUCGCCUCAGCUGGCGAUAGGCGAAGACGCCGUGGGAAACGGCCAAAACCGCCUCCGUUGGAUCGGACCCAGCUCGACCUCGUCGUCUCCCAGCUCCCUCCUCGUUUCAGCGCGUCCGAUCUCGCCGACGCCCUCUGCCGCCUCCCCGACCCUCGCCUCUGUCCCCAUCUCUUCUCCUGGGCACUCGAAAGCCACCGCCGCCGCCUCGCCGGAGAUCACGCGCCGUUCCUGGUCGCCAUCAAGCGCCUCGGAGUCGCUCGCCUCUUCUCUGAUAUGGACGCCGUCGCCUCCCUCGCUCUCGCCCUUCCUUCCCUUCCCCCAACCGAACCACACCUUAACACCCUCCUCUACUUCUAUGCCGAGGGCCGCAUGCUCUCCAAGGCCGUCCACGUCUACACGGUCAUGGGUGCCGCCGCGGAUCCCUCCUCUCGCCCCACGAGUGCCACCUACAACCUCCUCUUCACCGCCUUCCUCGGCCGCGACGGUGCGAAUUCCUACAUCCACCACAUCCACAUGGGCACCGUCCGCAUGCUCUUCCGCCAUAUGGUGGACUCCGGCAUCAACCCGGACCGCCUAGCCCUCAACGCCAUGGUCAAGGGCUACGCCCAGUCGCUGCAUCUCAACGACGCGCUCCGGGUGUUCCACCAGAUGGGCCCGGUGUACGGUUGCGAACCCGACGAGCACACCUACAGCCUGCUGGUGCACGGGCUAUGCGCGCAGGGCAGGACGCGGAACGCCCGAGAGCUGUAUGACGAAAUGCGGGGGAAAGGGAUGGGACCGAGUGCACGAGCGUGCAACUCGAUCAUCUGCGCCACGGCGAUGGCCGGCGAGGUGCGUAGCGCGGUGGAGCUGAUGUGGGAAGCUGCACUGGCAAGGAGGACGCCUGACCUGAUCACUUGCCGGACGUUGCUGGAGGAGAUGUGCCGGCGGUGGACGGUCGCGGAUGCAGUGACGCUGCUGAAAGAGAUGGAAGCAGAGAAGUUGGUGGAUGCGCGGAUGCACGGCGACCUUCUGCUAUGGAUCGAAGAAGAAUUCAUGAAUUCGGACAUUGAGAAUGAAUUGAAAUUUAGUGACCGAAGGACGGGAAAGACUGAUGAAGGAGCUGCAAAAGAUUUUGCGAUUCCGAGUUUCGAUAGGUGAAUUCGUUAGAACAGAUUAGAGUUCUUUUUAGAUUAAAUUGCCUUCCCAAAAAUCAAAUUUAUAUGGAUUAUUUAAAUAAAAUACUCCCUAAAAUUGUUUCUAA